GCUCUGAUGCUGAGAAGUAUCUCCUGGUAAUAUCGCAUGAGCUGCAGAAGAAAGCCGAGCGAGAGUGCAGGAAUUUUGUCAACCCUGUAUCGCGGUCGAAGAAGCGAAAGGAAAACAUCUUCUGCGUUGUUACGGCCAGGGAAGAAAUUGGUCAACAAUAACCAGUGGAGGAGUUUUUCCGAUUCAAACCUAUCUGCCGCUCCGAAACCGCGGUAAAAGUUCCACCCUCCGCCAGCCCUGAAGUCAUCAGCUACUUGUAAUCUGAUCCUCUGAACCCCUUCCUUCCGGACGACCGACUUUUCGCGGGCCAAUUAGCUGCAGCAAUGUACUCAUCGACUGUAACGCAGUUCGAGGAACCACCUCAGAAGAAAUCCCCGGAGGAAAUCGCUGCUGAGCCGAUUCCCCUGCCACCCCAACCCGCCAAGCAACCGCUCAUAUGGAGAAACGUUAUCGCCAUCGCCAUAUUACACAUCAUCGCUGUCUACGGUCUCGCCACCCGGUAUCACGAGGCUCGAUUAUGGACCUGGCUUUGGAGUCCUUUCUACGGCAUAUCAGCAGGCUUGGGAAUUACGGCAGGUGCUCACCGACUGUGGGCUCACAGAAGUUACAGCGCUAAGACACCGCUGAGGAUACUCCUUGCAAUGCUGUACUGUAUGGGUGGCCAGACGUGCCUCUUCAAAUGGAUCCGAGACCAUCGGACCCAUCAUCGUUACACCGAGACCCCGGCCGAUCCGCACGAUGCUAACCGCGGAUUCUUUUUCUCCCAUGUCGGAUGGUUGAUGAUGCGUCGUCACCCAGCGGUGAAAGCCCACGGUGGCAAAGUUGACAUGAGCGACAUUCUCGCUGACCCGGUUAUACAGUUCACCGACAAGUACUAUACGCCGAUAAUGCUCUUCCUCUGCUUCGUCUUCCCAACCCUGGUUCCGGUUUACGUAUGGGGCGAAACCUGGUUGGUCAGCAUCCUGGCUGUGACGAUCCGGUACGUUUGGUUGCUCAAUGCCACGUUUCUGGUGAACAGUUUUGCUCACAUGUGGGGAAACCGGCCGUACAACAGUCACGUGAAGCCGACGGAGAACCCAACCGUUUCCUUUUUCACGCUCGGUGAGGGAUGGCACAACUACCACCAUUCGUUCCCGUGGGACUACAAGGCAGCUGAGCUUGGGGCAUACGGACUAAACCCGAGUACCGGAUUCAUUGAGUUGAUGGCCUGGUUUGGACUCGCCUACAACCUCAAGACACCGAGCAAGGAAAUAGUGAAAAAAAUUAGUCUGACCAAGGGCGACGGCACGGAUAGUUUCUGGGGCAAUCAUCACCACGAUAUUCAUAAUUCUUUGGACGAACGUUGGAGUAUCAAGUCACGCUAGAAGGCACGUGUGCGUAGAGAACUGGAAAUUAAAUUUGCGAUUCGGCACUAUGCCUGAUCAAUGGUAAAAUGAGCUUUAAAAUCCUAUAGUAUGUACGUGAUAAUAAUUUUAUGUUUUGCGUAGGUAUAAGCAUUAAAUUUAGACAGUCGUUUUGAUUGCUACACGAGUGAAUCAGAACAGUGUACCUAUAACCACAUGUUUUAAUGAAACAAGGGUAUCUCGCUAGGCAGGGUAGAAUAACUGUCUCUCGCCGUGCAGGGCAAAACAAGGAUAUUUCAGAAAACUCCAUAAAGUCUGUGUCUUUUGAGAUACCCUGUACGACGAGAUACACUUAUUCUAUCCGACCCGACAAAAUAACCUUGUUUCAUUAGAACACGUUGAUAUGUUCGAAUGUAAUCACAUGAGAACACAGCUUUAAAUGCAUACGUAAUCCGAGAACUGUACAGCGGUAAUAGAGGCAGUUUGGCCCGGUAUUACGGAAAUAUAAUUUUAUGUUGCUGUUUAGCCAUAGUGCAACUUCUAAUUCUCGCCAGGUUACCAGUUGCAGCAGAAUUACAUAUCAAGAAUGUAUGCAUGUAGUUUAUUUCGAUAAUUAGUAUAUGUGUUUAAAAAAAAAAUCCAUAGACAUGUUAUGUGUUAAUUGUCAACAAAG